CCCCACCUGGCUCCCUGGGGAAGAGGACUGGAAAGCAAAACAAAAGAAUCGCUCCCUGGGAAACCUUCAUUUGCCCAGCCGUCCUCACUCGAACACUCCCGCUGAAAAAGGUAUAAAAGAAGGCGAAAGGCACUCGGUGCAACUGGAGCAUCGCAACGGGACUGGCAAGGAGAGGGACCUGUGCAGAUCAGAACUUUGCCGUGAUCUCUACAAGAUCAUCGGUGAAAGACGGAACAGAGAAAGAAAAAUUCCUGAUCCUGCUGUCAGCUUGUUGUCCCGUGGAGCACAGAGAAAAUGGUCCUGCCCCAGAGAUCUCUGCAGAUGGUUACAUUUUUGGCAAUCCUUUUUUUUGCCUGUUUUGCAACUUGUCAAGACACUGAAAACAGAAGGGCAGUGACGGAACAUCAGCUCAUGCACGACAAAGGGAGGGCGUUCCAAGGGCUGAAGCGCCUGAUGUGGCUCCACAACGCUUUAGGCAGUGUGCACACAGCCAGCAGCAGGGAUAUUUCGCUCUCAGAUGCCACGUGGGAUUCGCAGAAGAGCCAAGAUCCCUCAGAUCUCCGCAGAGAUGAGACUUCAAGCAUGAUGAAGCAGCUGAUGGAACUGAUAGAAAAAGAGCUCGGCUCCCCCUCGUUAAAGCAGCUGGAUUUGCUGCGCUACGACAAGAUCCCAAAGGGUCACUGGAACCCACAAGACCUUUUCGACCUCCUUCAAAUCAAGGAGCUGGGCAGCAAGAGCAAUCCCAGCACUCAGCCACAGAACUCUUCCCACUAGUCUCCAUCCAGCUCCGUCCGUCCAUUGCUUCAGACAUGCCACGUUGUAAGGAACAGCUCUAGCACAAAGGUGAACUGCAAAUCAAACCCGUGUCCUUUUGCUCCAUUCAUUGCUUGUAGCUGUUGAAUAAAGCCCACAAAGACCCGGCGCUCUCCCUGCCAGGCAGCCUGAGUACUGGGAUUGUGAGGGUCGUUUUACACAGAGCAGAAUUCUCCCUCCCCACAGCAGGGCCCUCCCUCUCUGUCACCAACACCUGAAGGUCCUGGUAGCUCUUGUAGCCCUUGCAGUAGUUGCAGUUGGUUUGUUCAUCUGCACAUCUCCUGCAGCCUCAAGGCACAACCUGAAGAGGCCGUUGCUUCCUCCUACAGAUUCCCUUCCAUUUUACACCCACCUGCGGUUCUGCCCUGCUCUGCAGCUGCAAUGACUGUCCCUACAUUUUAGGUUUGUUUUUCCUGCUUCUCCGGCAUAUUCUAAGCCUCUCAGGUUUUCCAGAGGGGCAAAAGCUGGCAGUGAUCCCCAUCCUCCCAGCCAAAGCCCUCUACAGUUCUCCUUAUUCUGCUGCUGGGAGAGAUGAGAAUCAGCUCCCAGAGGCCCUGCUCGACCCUUUUGUUUCGAGACUUCCUACCUUCUCUUUAUUCAUGUGAAUCUCUUUAUUCAUGUGAAUCCAAGAGCUCCCACAGUGCAUCAGGUUUUUACUGGCCUCAUCCCACCAGCUCGGUCUCCUGAACGAGGCAGUGCAGGAUUUUGCCGUUCCCUUUUCAGAUCAAACCAAUUGGCUUUGUCUGAGCAAACCACGCUCCAGUUUAAUUGGAAAACGAGCCUUUCAGACAUUAAAUCUGUCACCUGCAUUACAAAUCUCAGUGUUUCCGUCAUGUAGGGACCAUAAACACUGGUUUAGAUCCUGAAAUUCCUCUAUUGCCGCUAUGCAUGUGCCAAAGCCGUUUGCGUGAUUAACCCCACAAACUCCUUGAUGUUGUUGUUAAU